GCGAGCUGUUUGAGUGUUUCCAUGGCAACCAGCCCGAAGCCUCUGUCCAUCAGCUCUUGGUGCUGCAGCUGUGCACGCCACUCGGCACGUCGGUGUAAACCCCGCGGCAAUAGGACAUGGCUGAGAGAAGUCACGAAGAAGUAGAGAGAGAUGCAAAGGACACCGAUGAGCUUCUUUACACUGACCUGAGUGACAACAUCAGAGGGUUCGGACUGGACCAUCUGCCUCUCAAACCGGACCACUGUGACCUCCUCCUAGAUGCCAUUGAUGCUCAGCUCGGCCAGCUACAGGUCCAACCCCAGAAACAUCCAGCACUUUCCAGAGGGUGUGAUUGCAGUAAUGCGGCUCCUCUUGGCUGGUCUCGAUGUCCAAGCAAAGACACAGGCCUUGGAAGUACAAAACAGACAAAUGACACUCCCACGUCUUGUCUUGAUUUGAUACACACUCAAAGGAUAAGGCAAAAAUCAGAAAGGAGCACCAGCUGCCAGGAACAUACUGCCAUGCAUGUGGAAACUAAAAUGAGAUCAGAAAAGGAAAUAGAGUCUCGGAGGGAGCAGGUCAUCUGGAGGCUGGAGAGGCUACUUGGUGACACCUGUAACAAGGAUGGGAUUGCAGGAGAAAUGCACCCUCCUUCAGAGAGUAUCUGCACUGAGGACUUUGUCAGACGUUUCAGAGAAGAGAUGGUGGAACUGGCAUUUCCCGAGAAUAAUAUGCAGCAGCUAGACAAAGAAAAAGAGUCUGAGAAGACAGAGGUCUCUGACAGCGACACUUACUAUAAUGUUCCUGCUGUCGAGACUGCUUAUUAUUCCCAGGCAAAUACACCAGAUCAAAGAAAUGAACCAUAUUUUAGUGAGAAAGCAGGUGCUGGAGAGAAAUACCAGUCCUCACAGAGGGCUGAUGCAGGCAACACUUCUCAUAAGACAGAGGUUGUAACAGAACCUGAAAGGCUACAGCACAAUAACAGCCAUUCUCCUAAGUCCAGGUGCUUGCCAGGAGUGCAUGUGAGACGUUUUGACUCCGUGUCCAUUGACAGCGACCUUGACUCAGUCUGCACAGAGCAAAGCAGGCAGCAUAUUCACAGGCAGCCGGGAUGGCACGCACUCAUUCGGUCUGUCACGGGCAUAGACGGCAACUGCACCGACCAGAGUGGCUGUGAUACACCCGCACAGGAAGAGAGUGGACCUCCAUCUACAUCAGUCCAGAGACACACUCAUGGAAAUCUACAAAACAGAAGUCCUUCUGCUCAUAAAGCUCAGAGUAUCAAGAGAAAAACAUACAGACUUGUAUAUUCUUUGGAUGAAAAUGACCAGAAUGGAAAUGAGAAAAUGAACCACUGGACCAGGAGGUGCAGGUCUCAGAGGACAUCAGAGAAGAUGCAGUUAGAUAGGGCAAAGUUGAAAGAGCGCCUCUUUAACCUCCAACAAAAAUGUGAGAGGGAGGAGGAGGCACUAAGGUUGAAGAGGACUCAGUUAAAAGGUGUUGAGCUUUCCCUCUCUGAACUUCAACAGAAAAGAAAGUAUACCUUGCAGGAAUUAGAGCAACUGACUGCAGAGACAGCACAGAUGGAGAAGAAGAAGAGAAUUCUGGAGACCUUUCUGAGUGACAGCCAGGCAGAGAAGGACUCUAUUAGCUGCCAGUUGGAAAAGUUGCAGAGGAAGAGAGAGUCCUGCCUCCUUGAGGUUAGAAACAUGGAAGAAGAACUCGCGACUCUGAGUCAGCGUAAAGCGGCUCUAAAGGACAGAUCCUACAUGGAAAAGAACAGUGUCGUCAUGUCAGUUCUGGAGAGGGAGGAGAUGGAAAGACAGCUGGAUAGUUCAAAAACAGCACUAUUCGCUGAACAGCGUCGUGCAAGAGAGAAGCUCGAGUUCAUGCAAGAGAAGUUGGAGGAGACUUGUGAGGAGCUCCACAGGGCCACGGAGGCAGAGAACACACUGAGGAACAGGUGUGUUUGGUUGGAGGAGAAACAGAUGCAGAAAAAGAUGGAGAUUGAGGCACUUGAGGUUCAGGUAAGCAAGCUGCAGGCUGAACUUGGUGAAUCUAAGAUCAGGGUGGGUACCCUGGAGAAGAUCUUUGCCCAGAAGGAACGGCAGCUGAUAGAUUUCCAAGAACAUCGUAAGGCCUCACAAGCAGAAAGAGAUGGACUGAAGCAAGAGCUACAACACCUAAAAUCCCAGCUCUAUAAAUCAGUGGAGGAAGCCCAAGAGCAAGCCCAUAGAAUGAUGGUAAAUGCUGAGGCUUUCGCAGGGUCUUCUAAUUCUACAUUUUUUAAUAGAUCGUAUAUCAUAAUAUAUCACUCACAUGCAUCCCUAUUUUUAUAA